AUGGCCUCGCAGAACGCCGACCCCGCCGCCGUGCCCAGCGCGGCUGCCCGCAAAGCCACUGAGGCGGGUGCCACCGCCGCCCGGGGCUCGGUGGGGAAGAGGCUGCAGCAGGAGCUGAUGGCGCUGAUGAUGUCCGGUGACAAAGGCAUCUCUGCCUUCCCCGAGUCCGACAACCUCUUCAAGUGGAUUGGGACCAUCGACGGUGCUGCCGGCACGGCCUACGAGGAGCUCCGGUACAAGCUGUCGCUGGAGUUCCCCAGCGGGUACCCCUACACUGCCCCCACUGUGCGCUUCCUGACCCCCUGCUACCACCCCAACGUGGACACCCAGGGUAACAUCUGCCUCGACAUCCUCAAGGACAAGUGGUCAGCGCUCUAUGAUGUCCGCACCAUCCUGCUCUCCAUCCAGAGCCUGCUGGCAGAGCCAAAUAUCGAGAGCCCCUUGAACACACACGCUGCUGAACUCUGGAAGAACCAAACCGCCUACAAGAAGUACGUGCGGGAGACAUAUGCCAAGCAGGCCAAGAGCCAGGAAACCUGA